CCGCCCCGCCGCAACGACCGCAAGUGGAGUAGUGGCGGCUGGAGGCGCCGUUUAUUGUGCUGCUUGUUAAAAAUCAUCAUGCUUUCUCGUCACAUGUGUAAACUUAUGCGUUACUCGUGUUCACGUGCAAUUACGAAUUGCCGUGGCUUCGUCUCGGCGAACGUUGAAACAGAUCCAGUGGAAAGAGAUCCAGCGCCGUUCUUUUUUAACGAUGAGGUUCAGGCAUGUCUCAGAACGUUGACGACAGUGGACUAUCAGAAGGUUUUUCGGACUCGCAAAGACGGGCACAAACUCGAACCGCCGCAGUAUAAAUUCAUGACGGACGAGCAGCUCAAGGAGGCCAAGGAGGAGGCGGAACGUCGAGCGGAGGAGUAUUUGCAAAUGCCGCCAGUGGUGAAACCGAGAUUGGAUUCGUCCCUGAUAUUAUGCGAGGACAUUGCGUUACGGGGUUACGAUACCGCCAGAUAUGUUUUCACCGACAUCACGUACGGUCUUAAGGAUCGACAAAGAUUCAUAGUGGUUAGAGAAUCAGAUGGCACAUUGAGACACGCCGAUUGGAAAGAGCGAGACAGAAUGACACAGGUUUUCUUUCCAAAGCCAGAGAGGCAACUGUACAAACCGAAGAUGUUUGAGAGCGAAUAUUUAAGGGAUUUGUUGAAUCGCAACGAAUACGAGUUCAUCCUGGAUCGCGCGUGCGUGCAAUUCGAGCCGGACGAUCCGGAUUACCAAGCGGUCACUCGGGAAGUCUACGAGCAUAUAAACGCCGAGAAACAUUUCGACAGCUUGAGGUCUACGCGUCACUUCGGACCGAUGGUGUUUCACCUGGUGUGGACGAACAACAUCGAGACCCUGUUGUGCGAGUUGAUCGAGACUGGUCGGAUCAAGGACGCCGCGAUCCUGGUACGUCUGUACCAUAUGAUUCAUCCUACAGCCAAGUCAGCGGUUGAGCAAUGCGAGCGCAACACGGACGAUGUGGAGCUCGUUAUGCAUUACACGCGCCUCGAAUUGUCAAAACAGAAUAAGAUCCAGAAGAUGCUGCAGUCGUACAAAGAAUUGCAACAGGAACGUGAAAUCGUGGCGGAGGGUGUUAAAAAGGCGCAUGGCAUUUCUUCGGAAACAGAUAAAGUAUAAAUAUAAAUCAAUAAAUUUAGUAUUCUUUCUCGUUACAAUAUAAUUAAUAAUUGUUCCUCUACUUUUAAAUCCAUCAUCGCAAACGUAGUAAUGAUUGAUGUGGUAAUAGGGAGCUCGAUUAUAGGCCAGAUAUUCUAAUGACAGCUUCUAAAGAAAGACCGCUUAGUGAAAAUUUUUAAAAGAAAUUUAGCUAUUCAGAAUUUCUUACUUAAAAGAAUGUCAUCUAGAAAUUAGAAACGUAAAUUAAAUUAAUAGCAAAGAAAAAA